CGCCCCUGCGACCUCCGCGCCGCGGCCGACGAGGCUCACCGCAUGACGGUGCUGGCGAAGAACAUCAUGGACUCCUGCGCGUCCGCCAUCGCUUUCUGGAUCUUUAACGAGGUGGGCCAGCCGAGCAUCGUCCGCGUCGACGGCGUCACGCAGCCGCACCUCUUGCUCUGGCACUGGGCCUUCUGCGCGGCCUCCGUGACCAUCUGCUCUGGCGCCAUGGCGGAGCGCACGCACAUGACUGCUUACCUGACGUUCGCGGCGUGCAUGGCGGGCGUGGUCUACCCCACCGUGGCGGACAGCGCGUGGGGCAGCGGCAGGUUCGCCGGCGAGUUCCACGGCAGGUGGCACGAGGGCUACGACUACCACGACUUUGCGGGAAGCGGCGUCGUGCACGUCCUCGGGGGCACCUCGGCCCUGUGGGCAACGCGAUGCUGGGGCGGCGCAUCAUGCGGCCAGAGAACGGCGGGAUCCUCCCCGGCCUCGAGCAGAGGCA